CCUAGCGACUUGUGUCUACUUGCACACAGCUCAUUCUUGUUAAGUAUUAUCUAUGAUAAGAACUGCUCUAAUUUUCAUAAUAUGAUAUUAAGUCAGAAAAUAUGAAAGUGUGGAUGAUUGUAGUCUGCAGUUUUGUUAUACAUGUCGACAACGUGUUCAGUCAGUAUAUAACUUGGGACAGUAAUGAUGAGAAAGAUUUAUCUGGAUGUCCGCAGCAACUUGCCAUUGCUCAAAAGGAAUUACAUCGCGUGGAGAAAAAGGUUGACGAUAUGAAUGAACGUCUUGAUCGAGUGGAGACGAGAAGGGCGGAAGGACCACCGGGGCCGCCUGGUUUACCGGGACAAGAUGGACUACCGGGACUACCGGGAAUCAAGGGAGAACGAGGACGCGAUGGACUAUCGGGAGUACCGGGACUAUCGGGAGAACCAGGAUUACCGGGGUUUCCUGGGCAGAAGGGAGAUGCAGGAAUCCCAGGAGAUACAGGAGCCCCGGGACCUGUGGGACUCCCGGGAGCUGCAGGGCCACAGGGACCACAUGGUUCUCCCGCCUUUGGCGAACAAGGACCGAAGGGAGACACAGGGGCAAAUGGACUCCCAGGACUCAACGGACUACCUGGGAAACAAGGGCCGAAGGGAGACACAGGGGCGGGUGGAGUCCCGGGAUUAGACGGAAUGAAAGGAGAGCCUGGAGUACCCGGUGUAAAGGGAGAUGGCGGGAACUGUACAGGAUCCUGAGCUGAUAUCUGAACUUGAUCGGACUGACAUCAGACAUCAAAUAUCUUUUUUAUCCAUUUACUUUUUUCAAAGGAAAGAGAAACGGUUUCAACAUUUGCUUUGAAUUCCUCACAAACUUUUAAGGAGAAAUGAAUAUAUGUAUAAUAAAACAACAAAUAUGUGCAUUUUAACAGA